UCUGGUACCGCGAAUGGAUUACUCCAAUGUUUCUCGUGUCGAAUUUUUUUUUCAUUUGUGUUUGCAUUUAGAUCGCAACACCACGGGAUACGGCAAAACUCGCACUCGAUCCGAGUGAAUAUAUAUUCGAUACAGUGAUAUACCAGUGAUUGUUUUUUUUCAUGUGCACGCAGUACGAUGGGGAGUUAUUUAAUCGUUUGGUGGGUGGAGUGGUAAUUUUUCUGGAUUUUUAGGCAAUUUUUCCGUUUUUUUUUGGGGGGGGGGGGUUUACACGGUUUUACUGGGGUGCGGGUUGAGACACCUCGAGACCAGUUUGAAUGAUUAUUGUUAUUUUUUUUUAUUAUUGUCAUCAUUGGGAACAACGAAAACAUAGCGCGACGGCUGUUACAAUGGCUCGCCGUCGCGAGGGGAACGGAUGGUGCAUGAAAGGCUAGGAAUUCUUUUCAGACGUGAAAGCCCCAAAUAACGGUGAGAAAAAAAAUCUUGUGAACUCGACUGUAAUCAUGUUGUGACUGGAGAAUUCUCCUGUGGGAUUGCUGUUAGUGAUAUCACGAGGGGGUUUUAUGGUGUGAUUGGCGGAAUCGAGUCGGUGAUUGUCGUGAACAGGUGAAGUUCAGUGUUUCAACGAUUUUUCAGUAUAAAUAAGCAUUUUUUUGAGUGGUGAAUAUGAAGUGGUAGAUGCACUGGGCAUUGAGUCAGUGUUAUUUUCAUUUGAUGAUAUUUUUGUGAUAAGAGAACCGGACGUCGGAACCGGGAGUUUCGUGUGUGGUGUUGUCAGGCGUUUUUUUAAAAAAAAAACGUCUCUGAGAUUGAAAAAUCGUAAUAAAAAAAAGGGGAAGAGGAUUAUAUCGUCCUUUUGCACGGGAGUUUUACCCGGCCCCGAGGAUGAGCGUGGGAGGACUGUUGUGCGACUUUUGAGUCGUUGGGAGAAUUUGUACUGCUUUGGAAGCAAUUUUUUUUUUUCACUUUCGUCCUCUCUCAGUUGAGAGGGUCAUCCUCUUCAGAACGGUAAAUUCUUCAGGUAUAAGUGAAGAGACAAAAAGAGUCCGGGGGAUAGACGAGUUUGGUGAAGUAGCACUGGGUAUUUAGGAAGUAAAUACAACAGUGUUUCAAGGAUGCAAGUGGCAACGCUGUUCAGGGAAAGCGCAACCCUGCUGGGGGCAUCCAGUCUUGAUCCCCCCCAGGCCCACCAUCAGGCCCUUCAGCAACAACAACAGCAGAUACAGCAUCAUCAACAAAUGCAGCAGCAGAGUGCUGAGAUGCAUCUGCACAUGCAGAAUCAUUACAAAAUGUCAUAUCCGUCUCCAGUACAAAACGGAGGGCAGACUAGCAACACGAUGAGUUGUAGCGGUUCACAAGGUAUAAUGGUUAAGCAGGAGGCUAGGGAUGACGGGUACGAGACGAGUCCCGACCUAGAGAUGAGGAGUAAUGGUGGUGACAGUAGCCAACAGUAUCAUACACCACUGACGCCUCAUACCCCACAUACACCUCAUACUCCGCACACACCUUUGACGCCAAUAUCGGCGACUCCACAUCAGCCUCAGCAGCCAGGAUCCACUGGGGCCACAUUGGGACAGGUUGGAGUCAAGUGUGAAACUCCAGUGGACCCUUAUUCAUUCGUCGACGAGGAGAUGUCGAUGGGUGGAGUUCGAACGGCAAGUAGUCCCGGUGAAAAUCUUGAUGGCAUUACAUGCCCCAGUGGUUCACAAUCUGGCCUUGGCACACCGACGUCAAUGUCCCCGGGGCCAAUGAUGAAUCCCCAGCAGCAUCAACAUCACCAGAUGAAUAUCGCUAUGAAUGGUGUAGUAAAUCCACUGCAAUUGCAACAGCAGCCGAAAAAGAGAGGGCGAAAGAAAAAAUCCGAGAUGAUAUUAACACCAGAAGAGGCGGAGUUGGCGGAGGCGAAGAAACGGGCCAAAACGUAUAAGGAAAGAAAGAAACACGACAGAUUCGAUGGAAUGCCCGAGGAGGAGGUCAGCAAACGAGUGCUACCAGAUCACCUCACUCCAAACCUCGAUAUUAUAAUCAUCGGCAUAAAUCCUGGAUUGUUCGCAGCAUACAAAGGGCACCACUACGCCGGUCCUGGCAAUCACUUUUGGAAAUGUCUGCACCUGAGUGGCUUAACACCGGAGCCACUGACAGCGGACGAUGAUUUCAAGCUGUUACGUUUGGGUAUUGGUUUUACAAAUAUGGUGGCACGUGCGACGAAGGGCAGUGCAGACCUCACGAGGAAAGAAAUUAAAGAAGGUAGUCACGUAUUACUCGAAAAAUUGAAAAAGUACAAGCCAAAAAUAGCAGUAUUCAAUGGUAAACUCAUCUACGAAGUAUUUUCUGGUAAAAAGGAGUUUGGAUUUGGUAGGCAACCGAAUUUCGUCGAGGGCACAGACACAUACAUGUGGGUGAUGCCUUCGAGCAGUGCAAGAUGCGCCCAAUUACCUCGUGCAGCCGACAAAGUUCCUUACUACGCCGCCCUGAAGAAAUUCCGUGAUUACCUAAACGGCACAAUCACUCACAUAGAAGAAUCUGACAUUGUAUUCGCAGAUACAAAAAUAAAGAAACGCGAGCACGAUGCACUGGAGGAGAAGAAGCUAUUUGCGGAUGAUAUUGAGGGUGAGAGUCGAUUAUUAGACUCGAAGGAUCAGGGAUUGAUACCGGGUAAAAAGAAACGUGGUAGGCCAAAGAAGAUAAAGAAUCCAGAAGAUAUGCCUCAGCCAGAGCCAGAGAAGUUGGAUGGUAAUGGUGAAAUAGUGAAAAAACGUCGAGGAAGACCGAAGAAAAUUCAUCAGCAGCAGAAGCAGCAGGAGCGAGAGACAAGAGAUCAACUGAUGCAGCAGCAACAGCAACAACAACAGCAACAACAGCAGCAACAUCACCAGCAGGUCCAACAGCAGCAGCAGCUACAUCAUCAGAAUCAAAGUCAGCAGCACCAUCAUGCCUCAAUGGGGCACAUGAGUGAUUAUGGAAAUUUGCCAAAUUGCUUUUCACCACCAAAGCCCUUCGCCCACAUGGCGCCCUAUCCCCAACAAUUGAGUGAUUCCAAUUUUUAUGGACAAACAAUGAACGAUAGCCCUUACAACAUAAGCUCAAAGCACAGUCCAGUGCAUCUGCAGCAGCACUACAGCCAGAGUCCAAAGUCAAUGUCCCUGUCAUUCACCCACUCAGACCUAUCGUCUGAAAUAAACACUGGUAUAUCAUCAGAGAACAAUCUCGAGCCAUCGCCAUUAACAUCACCAAGUGUUGAACAUCCAGACUUUGAGCCACCAACGAGUAUCUCCCAAAAUCUAACAAACCAUCGUCAAUACAAUCAAACGAGUGGUGAUUCAGUGCAUCAUGGGAGUCCUGAUACACCAUCUCACUCGAGUUAUACGAGUUAUAUGGGUUUUCACGAUCAAUCAACACCAGAAUCACACACUGGCCAUCAACACCAAACAACACCAACGGGAAUGAGUCAGAGUACUGAAGAGCACUCGCAUCAUUCACAUCAGACACCACCGCUCAAUCAUUCACAUACACCAACACACACGUCAAUGUCACCCCAUCCACACGAACAAUUUGGUAUGAAGCGCAAUGCAAAUCAGGAUGUUGCAUCAAAGAGUCUCAGUGAUUUAGAAUCACUUGUCGAUCAAAUACCCAGUAUAACUGAUGGUGGUAAUCAGCGUUUACAUUCACAAAGUGGUAUGUCUGAUGAUGGUAUGAAUGACAAACUCGAGCAUCAUCAGUCGUAUCUUGGUUUUAAUACACAAUCAAUGAGUAAUUACAGUCCACCAUUGAGUACCACUGGUGUUUAUCCAGGUACACACUUGUACGGUGGUGAUAAUUAUGGUAUUUAUAGUAAUGGAAGGCAGGAUGUACAGCAGGGACAGCAGCAGCAGCACAGUAAAUCGUACACUGUCGAAAAUUUAGCAUCGAGUAAUUAUACACCUAGUAUGAAUCAAUCGGGCAAUUACACUAAUAUUAUUCCAGGACCCCAUUAUCCAGUACCAACAAUGGGAUCGACAAAUGGCUAUCUCUUUGGUGGCCUUGAAUCAAGUUUAAUGCAACGUACUUAUGGUAUGAGUGGUAUGAGUGGUAUGCAUCCGUCACUUGGACACAUGGCUAAUCCAUAUCCAUACAAUACCUCUUAUUCAAGUUCAUUCGAUAGUUAUCCAACACCACCUGGUGGUAUACAUGCGCCAAGUCCCAAUUAUCCUGGUGCUAGUUAUGCCAGUGCAACAAAUUCACCCACUGGUCACUCAACACCACCUUCAUACCUUCAGUCCCAUCACAGACCACCUGUUGACCUUGCUUAUGACGGUGUAUGAUAAUUAUUGGAUAAUUUUACUGAGCAAAUGCAAAAUUAUAUAUGUGUUUAAAAUACCUUUUUACCAUUUGUCAAAACCUGGAAUUAUUACAUUUUCUACGUAUUUUUACACUUAUACAAUUUUUCUCAUUAUUAAUCCAUCAUUGUUUUACUUUUCACUUUUUGAUUUAUCCGUUGAUUUGUAUGAAAUACGUUCUGGCAUUAAUACAAUUAUUAGGUUUUCUCUUUUUUUUUUUCUUUUUUUUUCGGUUGUAAGGAGAAAUAUUCCCCUUAUAACACUAUUUUUUUUUUCUUAUCUAGAAUUAAAUCUAGUCCACCUCCGCAACGGAUAUCGUUUGCAUUUGGUUGGUGUUUAAUUAUAAUAAUCCUGCCGAUUUUUGACAGGAUUUAAGUGCAUUAUAUAAUUUUUCUCUUUCGUUUUUUCCGUUUUUUUCUUCUCUUUUUUUUUUUUAUUAGAGGUCAGUGAGAUUUGUCAAUUGGUGGGAGGGUGUAUCAAUGUCAAUUGAUAAGUACGAUUUAUGCUCAAGUUUUUUAUUAAACUCUCCGGUGUAGGGUGUGCACUGGUGGAUCAUUGGGAGAAUGUAUGCAGAUUAGUAUCAUCGGUAUUUAAACGCCACGGAAUAUAAUAUUUUUUAAGGCCAGUUUGGGUGCUAAACGAGUGUGCAAUUGAGCAACCGUACGGUGUUUUAUUCCUGAAUUUAUACGUUGUUGUUAUUGUUGUUGUUAUAUUGUUAUAUUGCCUUUUGAAAACGCUUAACUUCAUCGAAUUCAUCAUUAUCAUUAGUUAUUAAUUUUCUUUUCUUUCCUCGUGGAAGUGAUUUCGUGAGUAUUGGGGUAAUGUUAGAGGGGCAGGCCCUGAAGUUAAAGAAAUUACUCCUCACUGCAUUGAUCUGACAUAAUUAAAUUAGAGUGAAAUUAUAUUAAUGCAGGGACUGCUCCACUGCAAUAUUCCUCGAGCAAAAGAAUAUUUUUCUUUUCUGCAUACAAUUUGUUGCCGUAUGAAUAUAAAAUUUUUCAUAUGCAAUUAAUUGGUUUCAACCAACAUAAUUUGGGUAUUCAUUGAUUUGAAAAAAAAAUGUCCAUUACAGCAUUGGCACUGGCAUCUCACUGAUCUCUAAUUAUCCAGCGGUCGUUGUAAAUAGUUAAAUUAGAUCAAUUCGAAUGAAACGAAUUUUAAAUAAGGUUCAAUGGCCGAUACCGCCAAAAAUAAAAUGCAUAAUUGUGCAUUUUUAAAUCUAGCUAAUGAGAAUAAAGAAAAUAUACAUAUAUAAAUGAAAAAAAUAAUAAUAAUGCAAGUUUCAAACUAGUGUGAUCAAUCGAAACAGCUUGAGCUGUAACACAAUGUACAACACAUCUUCACUUUAUUCGCAUAAUCUCCCUGGCGUUUCUCCAUUGAUGUUGUUAUCAUUGUCAUUGACGGCUAAUUGUCACGUGAUAAACCAAACAAGAAUUUAAAGAGCAAUUACAUUAUUGUGAAAUUGAGUGGAGUGAUCUUCAUCAUCGACUCUGACAAGUAUUUCAUAAAGAUAAAUCAAUUUUACACUUUUUCCUUCCCUGAACGAUGAAAAAAGUACUAAAUACUAAUGAACUCUAAACCAGUGACGAUGAUGUAGAUUCAUCAUCACGAAAAUUGCAUAAUUACUGUGAAUUAAUAUCGCGUUACGUUACGUUUUUCAUGCCAUAAUUAAUAUUCUAAUUUCCGUUUUUUUUUCCACGAAUCCGUUACUGUAAUCGCGAUUUACCCACAACUGAUGCAUAAAUGCGGAUUGAUUUAUUAAAGUGUAAAAGAUUAAUCUGAGAAUAAAAUUAUUGUUCCCAUAUGUAUUGUUCAUCCUAUGGAGGUGAUAAAUGUACGAAAAUCCAAUACGAAAUGAAAUAACAUCCAUUGAAGCUGUAAUGUCGCUGUAAAAUUAUGCAUCGGUUUUAUUAUAAUAAAUCAUAAAUAUAGAUCUAAAGAUUAAAUGAAGAUGAAACAGAUAUAUAUGUAUAAAUAUAAAUAUAAAUAUAAAUAUAUAAAUAAUUACAUUUGAAUAGCCAUAUUGUAAUGGAGAUUAACCAUUUUCUCAGAAUAAGGGGAUUAAUCGUCGAUUGCUCUCGAGACUCACUGGUGUCGAUGAGCUAAUGAUGAGACAUACAAAGGAGAUGAUUAAAAAAAGUAAAUUGGACGUUUUAAAGUGAUGCACAGGGUAUAAAUGAAGUCGUUGAUUAUGAUAAUGCUGUCUAUAUAUACAUAAGUAUUAUAGAUGUUUCUUUCUGUUCUAUCGGCCUCAAGAUUGCGAAUCAAUCGAAAGCUAUCCAUAGAUGUUUUAAAAUUUAUUGCAAAUAUGAGAGCCGUCUACGGAUCUCUGAUUAAAAAUGGUAAUAAUCAGUGUCGUAAGUGUUAAAUCCUCGAAUCACGCGAUCACUUGCUGUAUUGAUUUUUCCUUUUCCAAUUGAAAUUCAAUUGAGGGGAGACCACUUUGACGUUUAAAACUCAUGGACUAUUGCUGGGACGUUUUUCAUGUGUUCAUGAUCGAUUGUGAAUAACAAAUAUCUAUUGCAAGAAAGUAAAUUGUUUAUUCGUUUGAUUUCGUUGAUAUAAAUGUUUCACGAAAAAAAUUCUGCGAUUUAGGAACAAUAAACGGAAAAAUUGGCAGUUAUUCUGACAUAUUGAAAAUUAUUGUAACAGAUUAGGAAUAAACAAUUAUUUGCUUCCACGAAUUAGUUGUUUGGAUGCACAAUCGAUUCCCAAUGUCUGAGAGAAAUUUAAUUCCAAUAGUUCGCGAGUAGUUUCCUCUUAAUUCAUUCUGUAAAACCAUCGCAACAGCAGAAAUGAAUUUAAAAAAAUAAAUAAACUCGAUACCAUAACUCACUGUAAAUUAAUAUUAAAUUAAUAAAAACAAGUAAUAGUUAAGUUGGUAUACAGUUAAUAUUUAAAAGGAAGAGAGAUCAUUGCUGUUGCACACAUCGAGUUUAACUGAUGAAUAAUAAUGAGCGAAAAAGAGCUUGGGCCCGGAGCAUUAUCUGGGCCGACAAACCAUAUUUUUUAAUCGCUUGAGAAUGGAGUGAAAACUCGAGGAUAAAACAAAGUAAAUGAAUGAGUAAAUAAAUAAAUCCUUUGAUUGUUCAAAAAAAAAAUAAAAUUCAAGUGUUUUGCCGGCUUUUCAUCUUAAAAACGAUGUACUUCAAUUCGAUUUCACUCUUCAGCGGUUGGUUGAACGAUCAGGAAUGUUCGAGGGGUAAAAAAAAUAUUGAAUGAGUAAUAGGAACAUUUCAAUGUCGUUUGAGUGAAAAAAUGUGGCUUCUGGGGAUAAUUUGAAGAAUUGAAAUCGAAGUCCCUCCAAUCUGUGUUCAGAUGGUUUAUCAUCUAAAGUUUCUGACUUUAGAUCAGUGAAAAGAGAUUUUAAUCUGUGGAUUUGAUAAUAUUGAAUCGAUUGUUUCUGAAUUGAAUGGGCAAUUAAUGGAGAAAUUCAAAUUACAUUAAAUGAUCUCAACCACUUCAUCUUCAGACACAUUGAUUCCGUUCGCCAAUAAAAUGAUCACAGAAUUCGCUCACAGGGAGAGAAAAAAAAAGUAUGAAAUUUGAUGAUUGAAGGCUCUCUGAAUCCCGAUCCUUCAGACUAAUCCGUUGAUCUAUUUGCGAUGUAUUUUUUUACAAAUCCUUGAUGUCCAAACUUGCAUUAACAAGGCUAUGAAACGAAAAAAUAAAACGAGAGAAGAAACAACUUAGAGAUUGAAGUCAAGAUGUAAGUAAUAUUCAGUAGUCAAGUGUGAGUGAGAUUGAUGAGGAACGAGUGAAUAAAUGGCUGAGAAAUUUAUUGUCCGUUUAAUUGAACGUUCAAAGUAGUAAACGAUUUUUAUGCUGAACGUACAAACUGUGUAUGUUUACUUGGUACAAAGAUAAAAAAAUUGAGAUUCAA